CAUAUUCGGCGCAUCUAUGUAUCCCACCGCAUCAAAGGAAAGCAGCAUCAGUGGGAAAACAGCAGAAAGCAAUGUGGCGCAGUCAUCGACACGCGAAACUUCCGAUUUCAGCAUUUGAUCUGCCCUCUUGCUGAGGAGGCCAAUUAGGCGCUUCAGCGACUGACACCCAGAGUGAGGAGGUGGAGCUUGACGCACCAUGGCAUCUCCCCUAUUACCUGUAUCAGCCGCCUCCAGGCGGGCUCCCGGCUCAGCUCGACUCGCGUUGCUGUUCACGCUCCUGGAUGCCAAUUCGACGAGCCGACAAUCCCGAUGUCGAUGUUUUUCCAACUCCGCCCGUCUGAAGGGAUGGGAACACGAAGAGAAGGAGCCGAAGAGCUCUCCUGCUGGUGGAGGGUUUAUGCCGGCACCAAGAGGUGGUGGUGCUGGGGGCUUCAUGCCGCCAAGGAGAUUUGAGCCACCACCAGCGCGACCAAAGCGGGAUAACGGUUCUGAUCUGCGGCCACCGCCGUUCGCAAAGAACGCCGACUCUCGGAACGGUCAGCGGGCGGAUAACCGGAAUGCCUCCGGAAGAGGCUUCCAGGCUCGAGGGGAUCAGUCUCGUUGGGAAAAAGGGCCUGCACGGCAGGGCAAACCGCCGGCCGGCCGCGAGUCCGAGAAGCCGGCUCCUGCAGCAAAAGCUGCGCCAGUGAUUGCGGAGGUGGACGACGAAGAGUCGUCCUUCACAGAUCAGCGCAGGAGCGGCCAGGGCAAGUUCGCAAAAAUGUCGGGGAAGGAGCGGGACCGUGAGAAGAUGGCGAGAUCUCACGAGAAGCGGAAGGGGGAGAAAGAGCGGUCUAGUGGCGCCAAAAAGAAGGCAAAACCUGCCGUCCUGCAAAAGAACAUUCAUCUGCAAGACGGAAUCAGCGUGGCGAAUCUGAGCACGUUAUUGGGAGUACCGUUCAAUCAGUUGGUGUGGAAGAUGAAGGACCUUGGUGUGGACACGACGGACGCGGAUUACGUUUUGCACAGCGAGAUGGCCAGUCUGAUUGUGUUGGAGUACGGUUUUAACCCCAUUGUGGCGACGAUAUCCGAUGUGGAUUUGACUGCGAGACCAGAACCGGAGGACUGGUCAGAAUAUCCCGUCCGUCCGCCGGUCGUGACGAUUAUGGGACAUGUAGAUCACGGAAAGACGACGCUUCUGGAUUCGCUACGGAAGACAUCGGUCGCAGCAGGAGAAGCAGGCGGAAUUACACAACACAUUGGAGCCUUCUCGGUGCUCUUGCCGUCGCAGAAGCGAAUCACAUUUUUGGAUACCCCAGGCCACGCCGCAUUCUCAGCAAUGCGACAGCGAGGCGCGCAGACCACGGAUAUUGUCGUCUUGGUCGUGGCAGCAGAUGACGGUGUCAUGCCGCAGACAGUCGAAGCGAUCAAGCACUCGCAGACAGCAGGCGUGCCCAUCGUCGUAGCGAUUAACAAGUGUGAUAAACCGGACGCGAACGUCAGGAAGCUCAAAGAGGGCUUGCUGCGUUACGACGUCGUUUUGGAAGAGUUUGGUGGGGAGAUUCCCGCGGUGGAGGUGUCUGGUCUGACGGGCAAAGGCUUGGACGAGCUGGAAGAGACGAUCGUGACCAUGGCUGAAGUGAUGGACAUUCGAGGGGACCCGAAUGGGCCCGUUGAAGGCGUCGUCAUCGAGUCCAAGCUCGUUCGUGGGAAAGGCAAUGUUGCGACCUUGAUGAUACGACGGGGCACGUUGACUCCCGGUGACGUUGUCGUUGCCGGGAACACGUGGAGUAAAGUGCGUAUCAUGCACGACGAGCAUGGGGUUGACGUGAAGAAGGCGGGUCCGUCCACACCCGUGGAAGUUAUGGGAUGGAAAGAUCUCCCCGCAGCCGGCGAUCUCGUCUUCGGGCUCGAUGCUGGCGUGGCAGAAGGCAUAGUCGGACCCGCUCGAAAAGCAUCCGACGUCCCCAAAAACAUCCUCGAAGCCGCCAAAAAGGUUGUUCAAGCACGCAUUGAGCGAGCCAGACGCGAGGCCUCCAUCGAAGAUAUCAAACUGCUCAACGAGAAGCGUCUGAAAGAGAAGCAAGAACGUGCUGACGCGAAAGCCGAAGAGGCCGGUGAGCCCACGUCUGCAGAUACCAUGACGGAGGAAGAAGUGGAGGCUGAGGCGAAGGAUGUUGCUGCAAGCGGACUUCCGGUCCUGAAUGUCGUGUUGAAAUCGGAUGUGCAUGGGUCGCUGGAGGCGUUAACGGAUGCGAUCAAUGGUCUGCCGGCGCAUCAGGUCCGGGUGUGUAUUGUCAAGUCGGGUGUUGGGCCCGUGACGGACUCGGAUGUGGAUUCUGCGUCGGCUGCCAAAGCCGAGAUCAUCACCUUCAACAUUCCCAUCGACAAACGCACCUCGCAAUACGCGGUCACGUCAGGCGUCACGCUCCGCCCUCACACCAUCAUCUACAAGCUGCUCGACGAACUGAAAGAAAUCAUGGGCGACCUCCUCCCGCCAGAGAUCAUCACCGAAGUCAAUGGCGAAGCCGAAAUAUUGCAAGUGUUCGGGAUCAACGUGAAGGGCAAGCAGAUUGAGAAGAUUGCGGGAUGUCGCGUGGCUACGGGGAAGGUCACGCGUGCGAAUAGCAUUCGGAUUACGAGGAAGGGAGAAGUUGUUUAUGAUGGUCGUUUGAAAACGUUCAAGCACCACAAAAAGGAUAUCAACGAAGCCUCCAAAGGCUUGGAAUGCGGCAUGGGCUUCGAAAGGUUUGACGCUUUGGAAGAAGGAGAUAUCAUCCAGGCGUACACGACCAUCCAGAGGAAGCGCAAGAUCACAUAGACUUGUAGACCUAUAUAUUGAAAUCGUUCAUCCCUAUAUAGAUUUUGACCCCGUUCAGACGUCGGCUUGCCCGUCUUACAUAUAGAGCACCUUCCUUUCGAUGGAGUGGUCGGUGAUGCGAAGUAUAGGAAGAAAUCUACUAUGCUGGGGUAAUCGGUGUGGUAAUCGACUAACAA